CGUCAUCGCUGAGCUUCGUUGAUCUGUUCAUCAAACAACGUUCAUUAAAAGAUACAUCAUCCAUCACGAUUAUAAUUUCCGAAAAUAAUUGUGCCGAUUACUCGUUAUUGUUGCGACUCGGGAUCGGCUACAUUAUCGAGUUGAACCGUCGUGGUGCGCGUGUGACGAAAUUCCGGAAUUUCUAGGAGAGAGAAAAAUGGCCGAGAUUGACGCUAAAGUGAACAUGUCUCUUGUAUUGAGUCCCUUCAAAUUUUUCUUUAUCCAUCCACAAUUCAUCUUUCGGGAGCUAGUGGGGCACGAGUAAUUUACGUUGACACGGCCAGACAUUCUGAGAUGAGAGAUUCCGACAAGGCAAAAAGAAUCACCACCAAAAAAAAGACCGGGUUACGUCGAAAUUAUGUUUUUCAAACCAUCCGGAGUGAAGCUAGCGAAAAUGAUUAAGAUUACCAUAUCCAACAAAAAGAUAGUGACUUCUCAGGGGAAUAACAGGAAGACAACAAAUUUGUUACGAAAUAAUAAUCUCUGAAGUUUUUCCUUCGUUCUCUUUUGGCACAAGGAUAUAUUAGCGGCACAAAAUAGCCAACAAAAUAGCCAACAAAACCCAAUAAAUUCUUCGAGGCUGUGGGAAAAUCGAGUAGCAAAAAAACAAUGCGAAUAAUUUUCUUUUCAAGAUGACAUCAUAAAGAUGGAGAAAAAGGAUAAAAAGAAAAAGGCUGUAGCGGCCAAGGGAAAGGUCGGCGUUGGUGGAAAAGGUGGAGCUAAACGCAACAAUCGCAAUGCAAACGGAGUGCGCAGCAAUUCGAAUAACAAUCUACGACGUGGAGGAUUACAAAAUCGCGGAAUCGUAAAAAAUAUCAAGGCAAAUUUGCCAUUGACCAAAAAACGACGAAUGCAACAACGCCAACAGCAAAAAUCACAGUUGCAAAAUGUUGUCGCUGGAUUUGUUACUAAACGUUUCAACAAAAAGAAGAACAAGAAGAAUAACUUGCCCGUGGUAAACAAUGGUCUUGUAAGAGCACGCAGCAACACCGCCAUCAAUCGGCUCAAAAACAAUGGCAAUAUUAACAACAAUAUUGCUAAUGCGAGAGGAGCCUUUGUCACAAGACGUGGCAUGGGUGCUAAAUUUGGGUUAUCCAGAAGCAGAAGCCGCACUAAUCUCGUUACACCCACAACAAAACGCUUCUUCAGUAACAACAAGGGUGGCCUCAAGAGAACAAACAGCAUGCCCAAUCUUCGAGAUCCUACUUCUGUUCACAAUCGUCUGGGAUAUCAAAGCCCUGCACAAGUUGCUUACAGAAAUCGUGUCAAGAGAGCCAAACAACUCUUGCUUCAGCGUCAAAAUCAACGUAUGCAAAUGCCCAAUGAUUACAGGGCACCUCACAACGGCAAAACUCUUACGGCUCUUCAACAGCGUGCUCUUGCUGAACGUCGUCAACAAAUUCUCACACCACAACGAAAUUUCGGCAAUGUUGGACUCCGUUCUGAUCAAAUUUUACGAGCUCAGCGUCGUGCCCAAUACGCUCAAAAACUCAUGAGAAUAAACGCUCUGAGGAUGAAUUCAAAUCCUAAUGUGAAUUUUAUGUGUACGCUGGGUGAAGAUUUUGCACCCGCUGGUAGUCGUCAAAGAUCUUUGAGUCUCGCACAAACACAAAACUUAGGAGGAGUAAAUAACACUCGAUCGAUCGCAAGAGGACGUUCACCAUUCCGACCAAACCCUCAGCAUUUAGCAUCUCUCGCUCGACCUCCGAUGUUUACCCAGCAGCAGCCACGUUCGCGAUCGAGAUCGCGAUCACGAUCACGUUCUCGCAACGUACCGCCGAUUGUGCAAGCCGGAACUUCCGUGGACGAUCGUACCUUCAGCAAAAUGAUAUACAGUCUGACGGGAAAUCUCGGCGUGACCAAGCGAACCCUCAACGAUCGAUUUAGCUUUUAAGUGCAUGGCAAACUCGAAUAUUUCGAAGCAAAAAAAAGAAAAUAUUGAGAUGAAAAAGGCUCUCACAAGAAUAAUAAGAAACUCAAAGACUGUAUCGAAGAGGCGGGAUAGAAAAGUUUUUAUCUUUGUUUCCUCUCUGAAUGCCUAAAAACAGUUUGGAACUCUUAAAUCGACGAUAGAAUCAAAGAAAGAUGUAGCCUCCUUCGAAAUCGUCUGUACAAGUACAGAAUCUUGAAGCUUAAACCACUGAGUUCCCUUCGUUUUGGCUUUUUAGUUGAGAAUAAUUUUCCAGAACUGAAUGAGCUUACCGUUUUCAUUGUUUUCGUUCUCUUUCAAGAGCCUUUAACACGCUUUGUGUCCUAUGGACACGUUUUCUUUUAACCACCUUGUAAUCGUAAAAUUAUCCGAAACUAACGUCAUUGUUAACAAUGACACUACGAUGACCAUUAUAGUUUUUUGUUUCUUUAAACUAGUAUUAUUGCUGCUGUCGUAAAUUACAGGGAAAGCAUAUGAGACGUUUCGCUUUCCUGUGAAAUGAACAAUCAACGAUUAAAGAAGUUGCGUCGAGUAAUUGAAGAACUCUGUGUGCAGUUUACAACGGUUUUUUGUAGCUCGCACAUGCGCCAUCGAGUAGUUUCAAGGCUCGAACAACAUCGCGAGCAAUAAUCACGAUAGCAAUUUACUGUGACGUAAUAAAAAAAAAAAAAUUUUUUUUAACUCGGAGAAUCAACUGCUUAACAAUUUGAUUGAGCAAUUCUACGGAACUGAGAUUUACCUUGCUCAGAUUGUAAUCACGAGACAAAUUAUCGUUGAAAACUUAUCGAAAUUCAAUAGACGUUGUCGCAUAGAGAACAAUCGAAGAAGAAACGAGGAGGAUACACGAAAGAAACUAUUUACGACUAAUAUGUAAUGUAAAAAGUGUAUUAACUAUUAUACUGUCACUAGGAUACGUCGUUUAAAUCUCGAGCGAAAUCAUCUAAAGAAAAACAAAGGAAAAAUGUCUAAAGAUAUAUUCGCUCUCGAAUAAAACACGAUUAUCUGUAUUAUUAAGUAAUGUACAGAAGAUAAGGAAAA